UGGUAUGAUUGAAAAUACACUGUGCAAAUUGUACGGAAGACUACAAUUGUGUGUUUGCCAUUAAUUUUGACGUUUGUCUUUUGACAAAUGAGACCCCUUUCGUCUCUCGAAAAUGACGACAUCGGCGGAGGGAUAGAAGCCACAGGACAGUGAGCUAGAGACGGAGAGGGAGCGCUAGUGAAACACUGCUUUGAAGCUGGUAGAGACUGCUGCGGACAGAAAGUGGGGGGACGUCAAAAUCAUUCGCUGACGGCCGUUUGCUGAUGCAAAUGUUUAACAAACAAUUGCUCUAGAAAUCAAACGAUCAAGAAGUCGGCAACAAGAUCUGUGCAUUGGUAUUUUACAGAGGAAUACAAAAAUGUCGUCUCCAAGUCCGGGUAAAAGGCGAAUGGAUACCGACGUGGUGAAACUCAUCGAGAGCAAACACGAAGUCACCAUCUUAAGCGGUCUCAACGAGUUUGUGGUGAAGUUCUACGGACCGCAAGGAACACCAUACGAAAACGGAGUGUGGAAAGUGCGGGUAGACCUACCAGACAAAUACCCCUUCAAAUCUCCGUCUAUAGGCUUCAUGAAUAAAAUAUUUCAUCCCAACAUUGAUGAAGCCUCAGGGACUGUGUGUUUAGAUGUCAUCAACCAGACAUGGACAGCCCUCUACGAUCUUACCAACAUAUUUGAGUCGUUCCUGCCUCAGCUGUUGGCCUACCCCAACCCCAUCGACCCCCUUAACGGAGACGCCGCAGCCAUGUACCUCCACCGGCCGGAGGAUUACAAACAGAAAAUCAAAGAGUACAUCCAGAAAUAUGCAACAGAGGAAGCCCUGAAGGAGCAGGAGGAAGGGGCGGGCGACUCCUCAUCGGAGAGCUCCAUGUCAGAUUUCUCAGAGGACGAGGCGCAGGACAUGGAGUUGUAGUGGCUUCAGUGCUCCUCCCUCCCCCCUCCUAGCCACAGAGACUGUAUGAUUUCCUAACCAUGAGAGAGAGAGCAGACUAUAAUAUUCAUAUUUAAACAAGGUGAUUUUUUUUUUUCUUCUUUUUUAUUGUUGUUGUUAUAUUACUUAACAAGAGUUUUUAUGGAUAUCUAGCGUUGAUCGUGUACGUCACAUCUUCCUGGCUCUUUUUUUUUUUUUUUUUUUUUUUUCUCUCCAGUUUCGACCUUUUGAGUUUAUUUAGUUUUUUGGUUUGUUUGUCCUGAUUUUAGUUUUUCUUUACCAUCCCCCUCAUUUCUGUAAGACGUGUGGCAUUAUCCACAUUCCUCGUCAGUGGCUGUAUAGCUCUAGGGCAUGUUAUUGCUGCCGCUGGUCUAGGCUUCUCUGCCAACACUCACUCUCUCACUCUCUCCCUCGCUCGCUCGCUCGCUCGCUCACUCACUCACUCGCUCGCUCCAGGCCUGGGAAGUUCAGUGGUCAAUCGGCCAUGUGACAAGUGUACCAAAGAAGAUUCCGGAUAUCUGUCCAUGGUAUAAUAGUAACACAAUCACUAGGCCCUGGCAUGUGCUCCAGGCAAGAGAAGAGAUGAGCAGGAGUGGGAAAGAGAUGCACCGCUUGGAACCCCGAUUGUAGCCCGUCGAUGUCGGAAAAACGGGCGAUUGGCAUGAUCGUGGUGUGUCACUGCUCUUGGUGAUGUACGUAGUUCUGCCGAUAACCCGACUCAAAGUUGGAUCUCCAAAAACAAAAAAAAGACUAAACUAAAGGAAUGGAUCAGAGACCGAGGCACCAAGGUCCACUGUCUAUUGCCAGUGCUCAUCCUGUUGAUGUUUCAAUGUGAUCUUAGUUUUUUGCCUUUUGAUGGAUGAGGUUAAAAGCUACCAUGCUGUUUAUUUUCUUUCCCUGUGUGUGUGUGUGUGUGUGUGUGUGUGUGCGUGUGUCUGUGUGUGUGUCUUUGUGUGUGUGUAUGUGUGUGUGUGUGUUUUACACCUACCUUGGAAAAAAAACACCCUCAUUUCUCAUUUGAGCCUUAUGAACCUUGUGUGGUAAUGGUGAGUUCCAUGGACAUCGGGGGGCCCCCUUGUGUCUCUUUCUGCUGACCCUCAAUGGCCAGUAAGAUGGUAUAUCGGCUUGUAGUGUAGGGAGGGCCGUCCACGCCGAAGAGUCCUACCCCCACAGCCUCGUAGACAUUAACCUUGGUCGAGUGGACCCAGAGCACUCUGCUUGCUUCUUUCCCUUUGUGUCGGAGAGUUGGUUCACAUUUCCUACGGUAGUGAGGUAGGCUAGAGUCCUUCAAUUGAAGGAAUUCUUCCUCAAUAAUGGAUGACACUUUUUUUUUUUUUUCCUUCUAAGACAUAAGAUGACAUAAGAUGUUAAAACACAGAUGACUCGUCCUCGAAAAAAAAAUGUCCCACACACAGGCUUAGUCCCUGCUACUAUUUCUGUUUUGCUUUCCAAGAUGGACGGAUAAAGCGGUAUGUGCUGAGGAAAUUUGUGAAGCACUGUGUUUGUUGUCAAGGUCAAUUGAAUCGGAUGAAUCAGCCUCUCCAUACAUAUUUUUUUCGUGUUAAUAAUUUUAGCCUAAUUUUCCACAUUUAAGGAGUGAAUACAGUUUUUAGUUUGAACCCGUCCUCCAGAAGAAGAAGCUCUCCCCUCCCAAAGAAAAAAGAAAUAAACAAACGAGCAUCCUUUUGUACAUUGUGGCAUGAUAACUGAAGUGAAGUCGUGUUGAACUAGCGUAGAGUAGAAGAGAUUCUCAGCUUUUUUUAGCUUCUUUCAGGAGACUAGAGUCCUUCUAUGUUCAAUGUUGUGGUCUUCUGGGUUACUCAUCACAGGAGGGUGGGGGGUGUGGAGGGGUGGGGGUAUGACUGGGCAAGAGUAGGGGGGGGGGGGCUAAGGAGGAGCAUCCACAGGUCUUUCAACAUCUUCUCAACCUACCGCUAAAUGCUCAACUCAGUUAGCCGUUUGACUUGAUGUAGGGAUAGCUAGUUUUGCUGGGUGUUGAAGCUGAACUGAAUUUACUUUUUAUUUUAUUUUAAAAAAGAUAAACAUACACAUAAAUAUAUAUUUAUAUUUGUAUGGAUGUAAAUCCCAUGGAUAUUUUCUCCUGCUUGUCCCUUUAAUGCAAACCCGUCAGGUUUGUGUAGGUCCGACUUCAGCCACUGACAGGUGGACAUGGAGAACCUUCAAACAGUCCCAGAGCUUGAUGGUAAGAAGACGGACAGGGAUAGGUGGAGGAUGAGCAGAGAAUCUGUUUAAAAAAAAAAACAAGUGCUUGUUCAGAGCAGUUAAUGGAAAGAUGAGCCAUUAUCAGUUAUUUUUGUCAAUGUUCCACAAAGUAAAAAAAAGACUGUUAAAAACUAGAAAGUUGAAGACUAGUUCUCCACUUGGAAAGGAAUAGAGUCAGGAAGGCCGCUGUGUCAACAGGAGUUUGAUUUUUGUCCUACCCCUAACUCGAACAGACUUUUGGUCGUUAGAUUGCCCUGUGUUCUCAAUGUCAUUUCAGUUCAUUCUCAACCCCCCCCCAGUUAAAGUGUUUAGAGUAACAGACAGGGCUGUCCUUGAAAGGGAGUGUGCCUGCCUGCCCGCCUAAGUCAGACCAAACUGGUUCAAAUGCAGAUCAUUUGAAAAACUUGAAAAUUGUACUCACGAUUGUCUUUUUUUUUUUUUCUUCCCUGAAGAAAGGGAAGAUACAAAUGCAGUAUCGAGUUCUAGAAUGUCACAUCCAGAUGUUGGAAAGCAUUGUCUAUACGGCUCACAGAGAAGCCAGGAUGGGAGUCAUAUUUUUAAGUUGCAAUUUCUCUUUCUUCUCUGUUUUAAAGAUGAUUCAGUCUGGUUGACCAUAUAGGCUUUGGGGUUUUUCUUUUCCAGUGUUCUCAUUCCCACAAACCACCAGCCAGGAUGGAACUGUGGUUUGUUGCCAUGGUAAACAGCAAAAACUGGGCAAUGCAAAUGCUGGGGCUUACAAUAUAGGGCAUUGCUUUAAAGAAAAAAAGUUCAUUCUUAAAUUGUUCCUGAUCUGAUUGUUAUUCACCCAACUAACUAGGAAACUUGAGGAAUAUAUAUAUAUAUAUAGGAUAUAUAUAUAUAUAGGUUUUGUUUUUUUAUUUUUUUUGUAGUCCUCCUCUUGUGUUGAAUUAUUGAGUCAAGCUGAAACAAAACUGGUUUGAAAAUGUAGGAAUACCUAAAUAAAAGAGUGAAUAAGCAUGGUUUUGUUGCAAAUUAUAUUUCUAACUUUUUAAUUAAUUUAUUCCAAAUGUGAUGAAUACAAAAAAAUGUCCCCUUAUAUUAAUAAAGUGUUUAAGAUCACACAAGUAAACAAGA